AUGGAUGGAAGCGCAUUUUAUGAUAUUGAAGUAGGUGAGGAUGAUUGGAUUCGUAUAAAUGUUGAACGAUGUGAUUUUAUCAUUAUACCCAGUGGUCGUAAUUAUCGUUUUACAUUAACAACAGAGAAUAAUGUUGUCAUUCAGCGUUUCUUUGCGACGAAAAAUAUGACCCAACAAGGUUAAAUGACAGUCAGUCAAG